AUGUCCCACGCCCCAGUGUCGGACUGCUCCGAGUCUCUCGAUUAUGCCUCAGCCGACAUGGCUCUGUUGGAGAGCGAUCUGAUCGCUCUCGACGAUCCAACGCUCUUCCAAGAUCCCAUACCCACCAUCGAUACGACGCCACAGCCCAGCGAAAGCCUCCCUCUCGCAGACGCAGGGGAGCGGCUCACAUCCGAUUCCGAUUCUCAGUCGCCCGAUCCGAUCCACUCCACCGAAGUCACUUUGGCCGAAACACGCUUGCCCGACAACGAUUCCCAGUGCAUUCCCAGCACAGCUUCGUCGCUGGCUUCCGCCGAUGCCGCUGCUGACAUGAUGAUGACCGAUGCAAAAACUACCGUUACUGCGCACGAUAUCGGCGCACCGAUGCUGACUUAUCAGAUGCCCUGUCAGCCCGAAGAAUCAAACAUGCUGGAUCCGAGUCUUCUGCUGGAGCUCCCACCAGGCGUCAGCGCCAUCGUCGUGGGAUCGUUUGUCGAGCCGAUCACCAUCGGAUGGGGCACCAUGUUCAAGCUCGAUCUGACUCGCUACUAUCCAGAGACACCUUUCAAGCACCGUGAGCGUUGUGCCAUUCGAUACAACACCGUCUUCCAGUGCUUCGAGGUUGCCGUCGCCCGCAUGUCCCCGCCGAUCGUCAUCGGCGAGUUCAUCCAGCAGUACACCUCCGUGCCAUACAUUCUCGGCGACUGGGCCAUCCUCGACAUCGACAGCAUCAAAGUUUUGUAUUUUCGACCAGACUCUCCCGACAGCUCGGGCUCAUCGCUUUCGUCGCCCUCGUUCUCAUCGCCUUCGACACUGAACCUCGGCAGCCAGAUGUACUCCAUUCCAACGGCAUCUACAGAGCACACCGCCGUUGCCGAUCCGGACGAGGACACUGAGGCCACCGACCUCAUGGAGGACUACCUGUUUUCUCCGCUGAUGCUGACGUCGCCCAACAACCUCUCGCUUCUAUGUCGCUGCAAUCAAACCGAGCCAGGCACGCGCGGUUGGGGACUGGCAUCCCUCGGAGCGGGACCAACUUGCAGCUGCCAUCAUGGACCAAAAUUUGUCCCGGCUGCAUCGUCCGUGAGGGCUCCGGCCGUCGGUGCUUUCUCCUACGAUCCAGCAUCUCUUUGGGAAGGGCACCCGUCCACCCUCGCGGCCACCCAGAGCUGGCCCCCAAACGUGGCUGGCUUUGCGCAUGGAGGACCAUCCGCCAACCACUCCUUUCUCGAGUACCCAGCCGCACUACCCCGCAUCCCCCACCAGCCCACGUCCUUGGGCCUCCACAAGCCCAAGACCGUCGUUCCCUUGGCGCGGUGCCAAAGCCAAAGUCCCGCCGCGACCUGCACGACCCUGGGCACCGGCGGUAUCCAGUUCAAACUCGUCACCAAGUCUCUGAAACGCGAGCCGGCGCCGCCCGAGAGCGCAAUGGAAUGGCAGCCACAUCCCGGGAGGGCAAUGCCUCUCACACCGGAUACCCCGAAAGCAAGCUUCUCAAUCAAGUGCGGCAACCCGUUCGGCGGCCCGCUGCCGCUGGAUCCAAUACUCCAGCGGGGGGCACAGAGGCUUGGUGCCCACGAGCCGCCCUUGUCUGGCCACUUUUCCUCUGUCGCCCGGCCGUCAUACCAGUAUCCACAGAACUUCCAGAAGGGCUCCUUUGCAGUCGGACCGCAGGCGAAAAAGACCGAAGCCGAUUACCAACGACCGAACCUCUCCUGGGCCGAGAUCAUUGCCGGGACAUUUACCUCGCUCAACCGAAAGUUCCUGUUAGUCAGCGAGAUCUAUGCAGAAAUUGUCAAGACCUAUCCAUAUUUCGGCGCGCUCUCGACCAAUCGUUGGAAGAAUGCUGUCCGCCACGUCCUGACCGUCAACAAAGAUUUUUAUCGAACAAACGAAAACGAAUACAAGGGUGGAUACUGGGGCUAUCGCCCGCUCAGCCAACCGGCAUGCGCCUCGUCGGAUCUCCAGGCAAAGAAGCACAAGAACAUAUACAUCUUCCAGCCCACGCCCGGGAUGCCGCAUCCGAUGACCCUCCAUUUCAACCAAAGCGGCCGAGAGUGA